ACUACUAAUUCAAACUAGUAGUAGUUUUUCCCUUAAUUAGUACGGUGCUAAUUGUACAACGGUGCUAACUAUUGUACAAUUAGCACCGUAACCCCUCCCUUAACAAUACACGAAGCGCCAAAACCUCGCAAAACCCUAAAAACCACCAAAUUCUCUUCUUCACCGUCAACCUUAAACCCUACCAAAAUUCGGGAGCAUGAAGUCGGUGACCGGUGAAAUCGUCUCAUCGACACCCGUCUCUCUACCCAAGGCAGCCUCUAUCCUCUCCCAAUUCGUCUCCGCCGAUACCGGCGCUUCCCAGGCCGUUAACGCGUACCUCCGGCGUGCCACCUCUGCUUUCGACGAGCUGGUCCGAUUGCACGCCAAAUCCGCGCGCAGGGCUCGAGAGAGUCUCAGAUCCGACGCUGCCGAACCCUCUGCACGUACCAUCACUUUCGUCAACACGGUCGACGAGAGAGUUCAACGGUCGAAGGAGACGGGUCGGGCCGAGUUGAACUUGGAAGAGCGAAAGAGGAAGAAGAAGAAGGAAGGAGAUCAGAUUGAGGAAGAGCAGCGUAAAGACGAGGGCAAUGUGGAUGAAGUAGAGAUGUCAAAUAAGAAGCAGAUGAAGAAGACGAAGAACAGCGAUCUCGGUACUUCAGGGGACGGCGAGAACAAGAAAGGGGUUGAGAUGAAGGGUGAAUCGAGCCAUGGGGAAGCUAGUUUAGGGGAAUCGAGCCAUGGUAAGCAGAAGAAGAAAAAGAAGAAGGACAAGAGUAGAGAACUUGAGAAUGGCUAUGUUGGUGUUUACAAUGAAAAUGGUGACCAGGAAGAUGCGAGGGGGAAAACGAGAAUGAAGGAGGAAGAACAUAAGAGUGAUCGGUUGACGCAAAAGGAAGAGAAUAGGAAGAAGAGAAAGAGUUGUGAGAUUGAGGAGGAAAGGAGAGAUAACAGUCGUUCUGAAGAGCGGCCUAGAAAGAAGAAGAGGUCCAUAGAUUGAUAAACCGAGUGAUGGAAGUGUAGACGAUGGAUUUCAGGAUGUUUAUUUUGGGUAAUUUGAGUGAUGCUUUGAUCAAGGCUUGGAUUCGGACCAAGUAGGCUGCUUUUUGCUUCUUGAUAUUUGCUUAUCUGAUUUUAUGGUUGAAUGAUUCCUUUCCCUAAUGAUCAAUUAUUGGGCACUUCAUAUGUUGAACACAGCAUACGGGUACGGUGGUGGUGUUCAUGUUUCUUCCUGCCGUUGUGAUUACUUCAGCCCUGAUACAGCUAAUCAGCCGAGCUGGAAGUGGAAGCACUUAUUUGACGAAGACUUAUUUCAUUUUCCAAAUGCGGGUGGCAUUUAGCUAGAUUACUUUCAUUCAUGACUAUGAACUUCAGGAGCAUGCUGUUUGAAUUUGAUAGUGUCUUGCAGAGUUUGGAAAUAGCUAUCUUCAGGCUUGUCGUAUUCCGUAUUCGGUAUGUACAUGACUUGGGGUGAGAACUCGGAAGUGCCCACUUUUAUGUGCUUCUGCAACUUGGGACUCGGCGAGCUGCGAACAGGGUCUCGUCGAUUCAACUUCUUCAGUUUGUUCAGCUUACUCCUAUCCUUUACCUUUAGGCUUGCCUUCUUCGUAGUGUCAAUGUUAUUUGAGAACUGGGAAUUGUGCAAUCUUUAUGUUUCUGCAAGACUGCAACUAGUGACGAAAGCUGAGCUACAGGAUCUCAUGAAUUCUUCAAUUUCUAUCAUUUCACUGUUUUUAAUAUCUACCUUUUGAGCUUAGCUUCUCCUUUUAGUUUCAGUGUCUACAUGUUGUGUUACAUUGAGUUAUUGGAUUAGCUAUGAUUGUAUUGGUAUUUGCCACAGAACGUUUAGUUAUUAAUACGAUUUAGACGCCUCUUGGUGUCUGUCUUUCUACCAAAAAAAGGAAUCUAUGGAGUACAGAAACUGGUAUAGUUCAGCAUCUUUUGGCCGAAGAAUGAAGAUACUGCUGCAUUUACAUACACUAUUGUUAAACUGUUAUGGUUGCUGCAUGCUGUGACUCGAUCCCUAUGUAUGGUGAUGUAGACUAGACUUUUUGGCGCUAAUUGCUAUUUCUGUGUAGUCACAACACACAACCUCAUCCGAAUAACUCCUCUAGUCAACUCAUAGAGGCAAAUGUAUAGAAUGUGCCAGAGCAAUCCUACAUAAAGUAAGAGCAAACACUUUGUGACUAGUGAUUCGGGCUCAAAUGUACACAUUUUACCCCUCAUUUCUUAUUCGUUUAGCUUAGUAUUUCAUCGUUCUUCGACAUAUUUCACGCUAGGUUGUGUUUGUUUUGAUACAUUUCAGGUCAUAGCACGUGUGGAAGGGUUGAAGACGAGUUUUGUGAUAUUUGGAGGUCAAAAAGCGCAAAAAUCGAAGAAAAGUCCGAAGUCCGUGACAAUUGCACCAUAGUAGUGAAGUGAAGGCGUCCCACGAAACAGCCGCAGUUCACGGCCGGACAAGGCAGUUCACGGUCUCCUAAGACUGUGAACAUUGACCACAAACCGUGAACAUCGAGCAGUCUAGUGAGGUUCUAGAAGUUACUGAAAACAAGGCAGUUCACGGUCUCUAAGACCGUGAACUGGGGCCAUUAUUCGUGAACCCAGCAGAGUGAAGCGGCGCGUUUUGGGACGACACUGAGUUCACGGAUGC